AUGACAACAGACGAGGAGACAGAAAUCGAGCCUACAGCCGAAAGCCGGACAGCACGGACAGCUUGCAGGGAAACAGCUGUCACCGAUGAGCGCUGGCCGUGUCCAGUGAUCACAGCGCGCUCGGGGCAGAGACGGAAGCCCUAUGCUCCGCGCCCUAGACCUACUCUCGCAGCCCUACCUCGACACCCAUGCCCCGGACAGCGCCCUCGUCCCCCAGCCCUACGGCCCGCCGCAUACGUUUCAGGGGUGUGCGCGAUCGACGCUAAGUCCCUGCCUGUGCAACCUUCCCCCUUCAGCCGUGAGGGUUUCGCUCUGCUUCCUGUUUGGCUCCCCUUUGGCCCUCAUUUGGCCCGAAAUGGCGUGACUCUGCUAGAGCCGUUUCUGCGGAGCAAGCAGCGUCAGCUCCAACAAGAAACGCGGGCCUUUGCUUUUUUGGGCCGCUUUCUGCCUUUUUUCCCGAUCGGUGGCUCUUUCACAACAACAAACAGGGUCACAGGGCGAACAGGGCAGAAAGGGCAGGACCGUAAAGAAAGUUUUUUUUACUUUUUGGUUGGCUCUGGCUCUCAAGAGAAAGAAAAAAUUGUUAUUACACAGUGCUCGCUGAAGUUGCACACACAUACAUAUACAUACAUUUACUCGCUCUCGGUGGCACAGCAUCAAUAG